UACAUUCAGUUAUUUUUAAUAGUCCUUUUUUCUCUUAUUUGGAACUAUUAAUUACUCAUGUGUUAAAAUGUUUCUACAUGUAAUUUUGUUUUGGAGUAUUGGAGUCUAGCUGGCGCUAUUCACCUUUUAUUUUAUCCAGAUUCAUUCAGUAAAGUGUUAUUGUUUAGUUAAGACAUUGAACUUUUAUAGUUAACAUUUAUCAUGAUUUGUCUGUCUACCAAACAGUUCAGUACACCUCAAAUCAACGUCAGUAAUGGUCAUGAGUUGUUAGGAGUGUUACAUUCCAAUUAAAGUAAUCAGUAUUUAUUAUUACAAAGUUCUUUCUAAGUGAAACUAAAAUUAUAAUUAUGACAGACAUUCUACUUAUUAUGAAGAUUAAAAAAAAAUAAUUGUUAAAAUGAAAUCAAGGUUUUGAAAGAAAUGGAAUUAUUUUUUAUCAAUGAUACAUACAAAUAGUAACCAAGUACUUAAAUGAACCUUUCAGUUUUCAUUAUCAAAAUUAACCCAUGAUAAAUUGUACAAUUUGAAUAAAAAUUGAAAUUAUCAACAACAAUGAUGAAUGUUCGCAAAAAAAUUUGGCCAAAAACCAUUGCUGAUGGAUUGUCAAUGUUUUUCAUAUUGACUAUUAUUCCAUUAAUUUAUUGGUUUGAGUUAUGGGUUGUGCUCCCAAAUUUAUAUGAACCUGGAGCUGUGGCUUACAUGAUUCACUUUGUUAUUGGAAACUUCAUCAUGAUAAACAUUGUGGGAAAUCUAACCUACACUAUAUUGAUUGAUACAAGCACUAGACCUCUGAUAAUGUCAAUAAGUAAAGCCAAAGCAAAAGAAGGCUGGAGAUUUUGUGCAUCAUGUGAAGCAGUAUCUCCACCACGAUCAUGGCACUGUCAGACCUGUGGAGUUUGUAUUUUAAAACGUGAUCAUCAUUGUAUCUUCACUGGAUGCUGUAUAGGACAUUUUAAUCAUCGAUAUUUUCUUAUGUUUGUGUUUUAUCUAUUUCUUGCCACAGCCUAUGCUUUUUAUUACAAUAAUAAAUUCAUCUGGAGCAGGAUUUCAUUUGAAUUUCCAUUGUCAAUCAUCAAAAUAAUUUUUCCCCUAGCAAUUUUUGUCUUUGGAUUUGACGACUCUUGGGAUCAAUUUUAUCUGAUGCUCUACAUCGUAUCUGUUGUUGGCAUGUGUUUUACUGGUGCAUUACUAGUUUAUCACUUAUUACUGGUAUUUUCUGGCCAUGUUGCUCACGAGAAAGAUAAAAAAAUUAAUAAAUAUGAUAUGGGAUGGAAACAAAAUAUUAAAGAAGCUCUAGGAGAAAAAUGGUACAUAGUUUGGCUAUUUCCUUACAUAAAAUCAGAUCUACUUCAUAAUGGGUUGAAUUGGAAUGUUUCACCAUUGUGGAAAGAUAGUGCAAAAAAUAGAUAACGGUCAAAUCUUGGAAUAGAUUGUAAUGUUGAGUUUAUAAAUUUUAUAUGUGUCAAAAAUGUAAAUAUAAAAUAUGCUGCUGUAAAUGAAAAAAUAAGUUUCAAAUUAAAGUAUUUUUAUAAAAUUAUAAAAUAAAGCUGUUAAGACUUGAUUCAAGUAUUUCUUUAAAAUAGUAUAAUCAGUUUGUUGAACUGAAUCUGUACGAUAGAAAAUAAGUUUUUGGACCACGGGCUAAUUGACAUCAUUUACUAAUUCUUCAUAAAUGUACGUUAGAUGUUUGUUAAUUCACAAAAAUAUUUUUGUUUGUUGAUGAAAAAAAGAAUUUGAUGAAAAUA